AUGCUUCUUAGUCGUCUUCCUCCAGAGGUCCUCCACAACAUCUUUGCCUUUCUUGUCUUCUCCGAUCUAGAGAUCCUGUUGGACAUUGGAUCGAUUGCGCAAUCAACACAGGAUUACUUACAGCGACAUUACGCGUUCGAAUACAAAGCGACUUGGCUAUUGAAGCAGCAUUUCGAAGCAGCCUUGAAGGAGGGCCAAUCCAGUAAAAGUGUCUCGAGUACAAUCGCCAAUGAGCUAUUGCAGCUUUUGUGUCAAGCGGCCAGCACCCAUGAGAGGAAUGAGCAAAGUGAAAGAUUCAGUACACUGUUAUCAGCCUUGGAGCAGUGGAUCGGGCAACGAGUGAUAUACCCACAUCUCACGGCAGGGAUGGAAUGCAACUAUGCGUCAUUGUGCCUAGCAAUCCGACAGGCGUAUCUUGAGCAACCAGACAUACGAGCUAUGCACGAUCCUAGAUAUCGUCGUCGCAAUACAAGAUAUCCUAUUGCUCCUUUUCUCCCUCGUGAAUUCACUCACAUUUGGCGUCUUCAAUGCAACAAUGUCACAGAGCUCUUGACAUGGCCCACUGGUGGAUUACCAUCACUAUCAGCACAACGACGACGCACCAUUCGAUUACGUUUUGCAAGGUUUUUUGGUAUGUUGUUUCAAGCAACGAGCGUCUACUUGGAAUUCAGCUUGGAUGGGACCUUUGAUGAAUGCGUACGAGAAGCCUUGUUGUCAGGGGAUGUGGAAAGUUUGCUCGUCAUGUGCUUAGCAGCUGAGCGGCCUGUGGAUGUGGAUAACAUGUGCAUGAUGGUGUCGUUGGCAGAGGAGCAACUUUGGAGCUACAUUGAUUUAAUGGCGGAUUUGACGGAAUCGAACCCGACUCCCGAACAAGAGGCACGCUUACGUCAAUCGGAUCAGCAUCAAACAACAACACCAGCAGCACCCUCCUCCUCCUCCUCUUCUUCACUCCCGGAAUGGUUACUUCCAUCUAGAUAUCGGAUACAUGAAUCUGCACCAUUACGAUUAAAGUUAUUGUAUUAUUUAGUGGAUCAACAAGAUUGGAAAUGGUUUGACGAAUAA